AUGGGCUUCCUGCGCUAUUCUAUCAGCGACACUGGUCGUUGCUUCGUAAUGAUAUUUGCAGGGAUGGCAGCCCCCGCCGAUCCCAUCUCCCCGCCAGACGCCGUCGUCGCGCUCCCCCCGGACGCCGUCGUCACCACCACCCCGACGUCGCCGUCAUCCCGCCACCUCGCCCGAAGUCGCCCUAUUGCCCUGGACCUCGCCGCCCCAUCGCCGGACCGCCCCUCGUCGCCGGACGUCCCCGUCCUCCUCCCCGAGCCCCGCUGCCCUGUCCCUCCCUACGGCCCCGCGGUGAGGCCCCCGGCCUCUCUUCCUCUUUCCUUCCCUUCCCCGUUCGGUCACUGCGGCCACUGCCGCCGCUCGUGCGCCCGACGCCACGCUCCCCGCGCCGCGUCCUGCGGUCGCCACGCCCCGACCGCGCCCGAUGUACGCACGCCCCGCCUCCGCUCACCGUUGCCCGACCCCGCUCCGCCGCGGCACCCACCUGCGCCCAGCCGCGCGUGCCCGCUCCCGCCGCCGCAACCGCGGCUGCGCCACUCCGGCCGGCCGUGCCUCCGCCGUGGCUCAAAGCCACCGGCGCUCAAAUCGCCGGCCUAA